GUGUAGAAUGAGCCAAGGAGACUCCAACCCAGCAGCUAUUCCACAUGCGGCCGAAGAUAUUCAAGGAGAUGACAGGUGGAUGUCUCAGCACAACAGAUUUGUCCUGGACUGUAAAGACAAAGAGCCUGACGUCUUGUUUGUGGGGGACUCCAUGGUACAGCUCAUGCAGCAGUAUGAGAUAUGGCGGGAGCUGUUUUCCCCACUUCAUGCACUGAAUUUUGGAAUUGGGGGAGACACAACAAGACAUGUUUUAUGGAGACUAAAGAACGGCGAACUGGAGAAUAUUAAACCGAAGGUCAUUGUCGUCUGGGUAGGCACAAACAACCAUGAAAACACUGCGGAGGAAGUAGCCGGUGGGAUCGAGGCCAUUGUGCAGCUCAUCAACACAAGGCAACCACAGGCCAAAAUCAUCGUGUUGGGUUUGCUACCUCGAGGGGAGAAGCCCAACCCUUUGAGGCAAAAGAAUGCCAGGGUGAACCAGCUCCUCAAGGUUUCUCUGCCGAAGCUUGCCAACGUCCAGCUCCUGGAUACCGACGGGGGCUUCGUGCACUCGGACGGUGCCAUCUCCUGCCACGACAUGUUCGAUUUCCUGCAUCUCACAGGCGGGGGCUACGCCAAGAUCUGCAAACCACUCCAUGAACUGAUCAUGCAGCUGUUGGAGGAAACUCCCGAAGAGAAACAAACCAUCAUCGCCUGACCGGCCCCGGCAGAGUUCUAGCUUCCUCUGAUCAGUUCUGUCACUGGCACUACAGAAUCCUUCUCUUUCUUAAGGCACUUUGCAUUGUAGAAUGUUCCGGAUGUUCCCAUGUUUAGUGUUGGGAGGGGAGGAGGGAUCUAGGCUUGUACAUAGAAGGUUGGUCUGGUCUGACACGGGAGGAAAAGUUGCCAAGGAAGAUUGUUUGAAUUCAGUUGAAACCGGAAGGGGACUCUCGAGUGAUGUGUGUGACACGUUCGGUUCCCACUGGGACAGCAUCCAGCCUGAGCUGAGCAGAACGAAGAUCCUUCUCUGGGCCCUUCUUUCUGUGGAUUAUGUCAUGUAUGAUCGUCAGAAUCACACCUACUUGGCUUUAAACCCAGCAUUUCUUUCCAGUUUUAAGGUUCACGAUUUAGCCUUUUGUUUUUAUUUCGCUUUAUCUGUGUGUGUUGACAGCAUCUGCUUGGAUGU